AUGACAACCACGCAAGCACGCACGCGCGCACGCACCCAAACCAACAUCUCAAGUCUGAGAGAUACCCAUCAACGGCCUCGACCCACGCACCACGACUCAACACCACAACCUCAAUCCAGCACCUCGGCCAGCCCAUGCCGACAUAUACAUCAAUCUACCCCAUCGGACCGAAGCCUCCCCCGCCGUACGCCAACCCUCCUCCUUCACACACGGAAAACAAUCAUCCGAUGGCAGAUGCCCGUUUCACCGCACCAAGUCAGAAGACGGUUUCAGGCUAUUGGCAUCUGCGACAGCUUGGUUCCACAGUUUUUCGCGAGCGCGCGCCAGGAGGAGAGGGCCCGGGCGUCUCGUCUCGGCAGGUGGAGAUGCGUGGGUGCUUGCAGUGAACGUGCGUUCGCCGAGGUCUCGCGCGAUGGGUUUUGUGGAGACGGGGUGGGGAGUUGGGAGGGUUGUGGGAGGUGA